CAGAUUCUUAGAACUGCAGGAGCAGGGCAAAGGUGUGAGUUGCAAGUGCCUUUCCUUGUCACUGGCAGCACCCCUCAACACCUUUGCACCCCGGCCCCACACUCGCCAGCCCAGCCUGCAUGGCCUCUUCUUCCCAGUGUCCUGACUCCCUCCCACCUGCAGCCGCCCACCCCUCCCCACCUUUCUCCAGCCUCUCUCCAUUCACUCUGCGUCACAAAAAAUCUGGGCACAGGAAAUGGUAGGCGGACAGGCAGACAGACAGAUGGACAGCUGUGUAUCUGUAGGUUCCCUGUGGCCAGAAAGCCCGGCCCUUCCUUUUCCCCGGGAAGCCCUCAAGGCUGGGCUGGAUCUCUUGUCCUGCCCUCCCAGGACUGCGCUGCUGACAGCGAGAAGCCCCCAUACUUGGAGGGCGGGACCACCUCAUGAUGCUCAGGUCCCCACCCCACCUCAAACCGCACAGCCAGCCGCUGCCCAGUAGCCCGUGGCCCUUUCUAUCCCAGAAAUCACGCACCCAGUCGCCUAUCAGCGCCCACUGCUGAGCUGCAGGCACGGCAGGGGGACGCAGCAUGCCCAUUUCCCCAGGAGCGAAAGCAAGCCCUGGUCGAGGCGCCAGAAUGCAGCGCACUUAGCACCCAGCCAAGCCCCAGCCCUCCCCACACCCCCUGCACCCGUGCCAUCUGCCUCUGUUCCCAGGUAGGCAGUAACCUGCACAGGUGCACUGUGGGGACCAGGUCACAGGGCAGCAGCCGACCCUGGGAAAGAUGGACUGUCCCCACGUGUGUGUGUGUGUGUGUGUUUGCGUAUAUAUGCGUGUUUGCACGUGACCUUGGCCCAGCCCGACCCCGGCUGGAAACAGCAGGUGCCUCCUGACCCCAGCUACACCACCUGGAGUUCGGCCAGCAUGGAGGAAAAGGUAACGGUAGGAGGCGGGGGAAAGGGUCCCCCCUCAGGCAGCUCUGGGCUGGCUCCAGGCCCAUAAAUACCGCAGGCCCAGAGCGAGGGCCACAGAGAGGCAGCCAUACACCAUGGGGCGCUGGGAGCCGGUGGUCUUGGGCCUCGCCUGCUGGCUGGCUGUAGCGAGUGCGGCGAAGCUGGGUGCCGUGUACACGGAGGGCGGCUUCGUGGAAGGAGUCAACAAGAAGCUGGGCCUCUUUGGCAACUAUGUCGACAUCUUCAAGGGCAUCCCCUAUGCCGCCGCCCCCAAGCCCCUGGAGAACCCACAGCGACACCCCGGCUGGCAAGGAACCCUGAAGGCCAAGGGCUUCAAGAAGCGAUGCCUGCAGGCCACCAUCACCCAGGACAGCACCUACGGGGAAGAGGACUGCCUCUACCUCAACAUCUGGGUCCCCCAGGGCAGGAAGGAAGUCUCCCGGAACCUGCCCGUCAUGGUCUGGAUCUACGGAGGUGGCUUCCUCGUGGGGUCCAGCCAAGGGGCCAACUUCCUCAGCAACUACCUGUACGACGGGGAGGAGAUCGCCACUCGGGGCAACGUCAUCGUGGUCAGUUUCAACUACCGCGUCGGCCCCCUGGGUUUCCUCAGCACCGGAGACUCCAACCUGCCAGGUAACUAUGGCCUUCGGGACCAGCACAUGGCCAUCGCUUGGGUGAAGAGGAACAUUGCAGCCUUUGGGGGAGACCCUGACAACAUCACCAUCUUUGGGGAAUCAGCCGGAGGGGCCAGCGUCUCUCUGCAGACCCUCUCUCCCUACAACAAGGGCCUCAUCAAGAGAGCCAUCAGCCAGAGUGGUGUGGCACUGUGCCCCUGGGCCAUCCAGAAGAACCCCCUCUUCUGGGCCAAAAAGAUCGCAGAGAAGGUGGGCUGUCCCUUGAACGAUACUGGCAGGAUGGCCAGGUGUCUGAAGGUCACUGACCCCCGUGCCCUGACAUUGGCCUAUAAGCUGCCCCUGGCCGGCAUGGAGUACCCCCUGGUAAACUACCUGGGCUUCCUCCCUGUCGUCGACGGAGACUUCCUCCCCAGUGACCCCAUCAACCUGUAUGCCAACGCUGCGGACAUUGACUACAUAGCAGGCACCAACGACAUGGACGCCCACGUCUUCGCCAGCGUGGAGAUGCCGGCCAUCAACAAGGACAAACGGGCCAUCACAGAGGAGGACUUCUACAAGCUGGUCAGCGGGUUCACCAUCACCAAGGGGCCCAGGGGUGCCAACACCACCUUUGACUUCUACACCAAGCCCUGGGCCCGAGACUCGUCCCAGGAGAACAAGAAGAAGACCGUGGUGCACUUGGAGACCGACAUCCUCUUCCUGAUGCCCACGGAGAUCGCCGUGGCCCAGCACAAGACCAACGCCAAGAGCGCCAAGACCUACAGCUACCUAUUCUCCCAACCGUCUCGGAUGCCCACCUACCCCCGCUGGGUGGGGGCUGAUCAUGCAGACGACCUCCAGUACGUCUUCGGGAAGCCCUUUGCCACCCCGCUGGGCUACCGGCCCCAAGACAGGACCGUCUCCAAGGCCAUGAUCGCCUACUGGACCAACUUUGCCAGAACUGGGGACCCUAACAUGGGCCACUCGCCUGUGCCCACGCACUGGGAUCCCUACACCCUGGAAAGUGGCAACUACCUGGAAAUCAACAAGAAGAUGGAUGGCAGCUCCAUGAAGCAGCACCUAAGGGCCGAUUACCUGCAGUACUGGACCGUGACCUACAAGGCACUGCCCACGGUGACCAGCGAGGGGGCCACCCCCGCACCCACCGCGGGCCACUCUGAGGCCACCACCGCGGGCGACUCUGAGGCCACCCCCGCGCCCACCGCGGGCCACUCUGAGGCCACCACCGCGGGCGACUCUGAGGCCACCCCCGCGCCCACCGUGGGCGACUCUGAGGCCACCCCCGCGCCCACCGCGGGCGACUCUGAGGUGGCUCAGAUGCCCAUAGUCAUUGGCUUCUAAUGUCCUUGGCCUCCAGAGGCCACAGGGUGUGACCCCAUGGCCCACCU